UCGAGUCGCGCUUUGGUCGGAACCUCGUCAGCUGACUCACUUGACGAGGGUCGCGGGGGAUGGAAUUCGAGCAAGGGGUGUGUAUUGAUUUUCCACCGGGGUAGCUAAACACCGAGCGUCCGUACACGACUCUCUUAGUACGGCAUUUUCCAUUUCCAACAACUUUGCUUUCGUCCGCCGCCAAUUUCCCCAACCUUCUUCGACGAGCACCAUGGACUAGAACUUCUGGCGCAGUUUCCCGCUCGCUGCCUCAUUGAAGAUGGCGUUUUCUUUGAUCGAGGCGAUCGUUGUGGCCCUGCUGCUGGCCCUGCCCUUUGCUUACGAGUCAAGUCCCAAGUUUCGCUACUAUUUGAAGUUUUUCCUUUAUUAUGGACUUGUCAUGACCACGGCCGUCUUCGUCAUCCCCAUAAUGAUGUUCCGUCCGGGAGAAGUCAAGAACUUGCUUUUAGCAUCUUUUCUGUGUCGGCACAUUUCAAAACUUGUUGGACUUCGAUGGGAAUUGCGAGGCAGGGAGCACCUUGAGAAAGAUAUGGCUUGUGUCAUUGUUGCAAAUCACCAAAGCUCGCUGGAUAUUCUAGGUAUGUUUGAAUUGUGGCCCGUGAUGGAGAAAUGCACCGUGGUGGCCAAGAAGGAGCUGCUGUACGCCUGGCCUUUCGGACUGGCCGCCUGGUUGUGCGGCCUUGUUUUCAUAGACCGCUUGAAUGCAGAUAAAGCCCGAGAGUCGAUGAACCAAGCAACAAAACAUAUUCAGGAAAACAAGAUCAAACUGUGGAUUUUUCCUGAAGGUACUCGAAACAAUGCCAGCACUAUGUUGCCUUUUAAAAAGGGAGCAUUCCAUGUUGCUGUGUCCGGCCAGAUUCCAAUUCUUCCCGUUGUUUUUUCUUCCUAUUACUAUUUAGACCACACAAAGAAAACAUUUGACGAAGGGCGAGUGAUAAUGACCUGUUUGCCUGCGAUCAACACAACCGGCUUAGGGAAAGACGACAUCGCAAAUUUGGUCGAGCAAACUCGAAACGACAUGAUUGCCGAAUUUCAUCGCAGCUCGGCUGAAGUUUUGAUGGAGUUGAAUCGUUCCAAGCCAGCAGACGGGAACGUCAAGAGUAAGGAAAUCAUCAAUGGGGACGGUAAUAAAAUGGAAGAGUCAUGAAAUUCGACAAGGAAUAACUAAUCUCACACACCAUAGUGAUAUUUCGAGCUGUUUUACGAAAACAGCUUUGUGGGAAUUUGAUUUCCAAACCCUCUAAGUCCUCUUUUAAAUCUCUUCUAUUCGAGAAUAGACUAACAUACUAAAAGAAACAAUCCCAAUAGUUGAGAACACAAAAAGUCAAGAAACAAAAUAAUUAAAUGUUCAUGCGCUUAUUGCUUUUUAGGUAUGAUAUGAUUAAUUUAGUUGAAAGAGGCGUACAAAUGAAAACUCGGUGGUAUAAAAAUGUGCUUGAUGUAUUGCAUUUUGCUUGACAGCCAUUUUUUACGGUCCAACCAAAUAUUUAUAAUUUCUGUCACUUUAAGCUGGUCUACAAAGUUACACAUUCCUAAUUUACUUUUCCCUUAAUCACUUAACACAUGAUAUAUGUGCCAAAUUAUUUCUCAUUCCUAUAUCAGUCAUUCUGAUCAAAUGGGCUUAUGUUGUUCUUUAUUUGCUUGCGCGUUGUUUUCCAUUUUUAUCCAAAUUUAGUUUUAAGAAUGAUGACCUAAUUAACCUUUUUCCUGCGCUGUGCGCCAUAUAACAGUAAUAAAAAUAACAAUUUUCAGUAUUGAUUACAAAAAAGCAGAAAAAUUAAGCAAUUAGCCAUAGAUCAAUGUCCACUGAUUUACUAAUUUCAUUUUUUAACCAAAGUUUUGCUGCUAAACACGAAAAUAAGCAAACUUAACGCCAGAAGUUUUACAAUAAUUUAACCAACUUGAACUCCUUAAUUUUUUUUUU